AAAUGCACUUGUGGAUCAAACAAUUGAAAUUACAACUCAUAAAAAAAGUAAAAAAGGCCAAAGAGGUAUAAGGAUAGAUGGCCAGAUAGGUGAAUUAAAUGAAACUAAUAAAUUAGGCAUAAUGAAUAAAAUGGAUGAUAAUAUGGAUGAAGCAA